UAACUAUCCUUUUUGCAAGGGUUUACAUCCACUGUUUCUGUACGUUCAAACGUUUGUACAGCACUGGCGACUCACUUUGCCAUGUAUCUACUCCUCCUCAUCGGCCUGCUUUCAACAGUGCAGGGACUGCCUGCAGAGGAGAGGGGCCUUGUGGAUUCGCUGGUUCAGAUAGGUGGUCAGAUAGUUGACUUAGCCAGUCUGAGCAUCAAUUACCUACUCGAUAUGUGCAGACCGGAUGACGGGUCCGUUUGCAACCACCCAGAUUCCGGCACCGGCUUCUAUUACGUCGGGGAAGUCUCCCUGCAAUCCUGGGCCUCUUCAGGCUCACUCUGCUGGCUUCCUUCAUCCUUGCCAUCGGGGAAACGAGAGGUGGACGAAGACGAAUCUAUAUACGAGCCCAAUCACAGUGUCCUCUUUUAUAGGGGCGUUAUCUACGAAUGGGGCAUGAGAGACAACAACGCUGCAGAUAAGGGAACCUGGGAAGGUGUUCGUCCGGUCGGGGACUGUUCGGUGCAAUGGAAAUCAUCAUCAGGGUACAGUUUUUGCAGUCACGACGAAGUCUAUCAGUUCAGCCGAGGCUAUAAGGACCGAUACGGUGAAUACAGUGUGCGGACCAACAACUGUCACCACUACGUCAACCGCAUGAUGGCGUACCUUUGGUCCGAUUGCUCCACAUUCCCGCCGUAAACCGUCAAGCUCCCACUGUUCGCCUUUGAGAAACUAGUACGUGUUACCAGGCUACAAGGCUUUUAACAGUGGCUACGGGGACUCGAUAUUGCUGGCACAAAAGAAAACAGAAUAAAAGUGU